UUCUGUCAGCGGUCAUUGCCAAUACAAAAUGGCGGACGAGGCAGCUGUUAUAAACCGAAACAAAGUUUGAUAGUUUGCUAGUCUAGGACUAGUCUUUAUUAAAUGCGAUGAAGCUAUCCCGUGUUGUUGUCAGUGCUCCAGGAAAGAUUAUAUUACACGGAGAACACGCCGUGGUUUAUGGCAAGGCUGCUAUUGCUGUCAGCAUAGGACUUAGAACCACAGUUGUUCUACAGCGACAUAAGAAUGAAAGCAAAGUCUCUCUUUUACUCAAGGACUUGGACCACAUUCUAACAUGGGACCUUACGGAUAUACAGAAAAUCCUUGUGGCUGUACCACAGGUUUCCCGCACUGACACUGUUCUCCCAUCCGAUGAGAUGUUGUCAUUGAUUGACAAGUUAAUUGACAGCUCUAAGUUUGUUGAAGUAGAGGGAGUUAAGGAUGCUGCAAGAGUGUUUUUGUUUCUUAUGACAAGUACUUUAAGGGACAGAGACAGGUUGCCUGCUAUAGAAGCUGAGGUGAAGACAGCUCUUCCACUUGGUGCAGGUCUGGGGUCAUCUGCUGCCUAUAGCAUCAGCCUUGCAGCCGCCAUGCUACUCUCCAUGCAAACUAUACCUCUGCCGAAAUAUGUUAAGAAAACCCCCGAGUCGGAGACUACUGCUAAAGAUACUGAUUCCUACCAAUAUGAUGAUAUAGAAACUGAGAGCCUCCGUUUAGUCUGUCAGUGGGCAUUUGAAGCAGAGAAAAUAAUGCAUGGGCAACCUUCAGGAAUUGAUAAUUCUAUCGCUACAUAUGGCGGAGCUCUUUUAUUUCAAAAUGGAGAAAUAACACACUUAGAAAGUAUGCCGUUGCUGUCGAUUCUUCUAAUUGAUACCCAAAUACCUAGAAGCACACGUGUCAUGGUGGCUGGUGUUAGAGAUAGGUACAUUGAGUUUCCCACAGUUUAUAUGUCGCUGUUUGAGGCAGUGGAUGGUAUUUGUCACGAGUGCAUCAAGAUAUUCUCUAAAAUUCACAACCUUAAAAAUGAAGAUGUUCCCAAAUCUGAAUUUGUUAGAUACUAUCAAAGAUUAGAGUCUUUAGUUGAUGUGAACCAACAGCUCCUCUCCCUAUUUGGAGUUAGUCACCCAUCAUUGGACAGUUUGUGUCACAUGACUUCUAAGUAUGGACUGCACACCAAGCUUACUGGUGCGGGUGGCGGCGGCUGUGCAAUAACAUUAAUACCCCCAGGUACUGAUAAGGACAAGGUGGCAGAACUUAUGAAUAAACUACAAAAAGAGUUCAAGUAUAAAGUGUGGCAAACACCACUUGGCAGUCGUGGGGUAAUUGUCCAUGAAGCAAUUCCAGUCGAUAGAUCAUAGUAUAAACUUGGCAAUCGUGGAAGGAAUUUGUUGAGAAGUCUCAUUCAAAAGUUUUGCAAUCCCACAUUAGAAGUUAAUUGAAACCUCAACCUUGACAAAAUAACCUGUUAACCUACACUAUCUAACAGGCAAUCCGCUCUAAAUUAUUACAUGUUUUUCGCGUUUUCCGUUAAAAAUCGUCGGAGAUUGUUACGUCAUUGACCGGAAGUAAACUGGUGAUAUUGCUACUUUGACAAAUGUUCCGAUAAAAGAUUACUUGAAUUAAAGACAAUCGUAGGCAAAUCGUUAGUUGCAGCUUUAAGUGGCUUUCAAUGAAUUCAAAAUAAAUAUAUGCAAAUAAACUUCACAUUUCAAAAUAAGAAUUUUUACCUAUCUCCAAAACUCACCGCCGUAUAAAAGAAGACUAAUAAGACGAUAAAGCCUCCAUUCCCUGGUACAUUUUCUAUACUCCUAGAACCUUUGACCUCUAGGAAGCACUUCGCCUGCGUAUCGGCUCCCUCCCCUUCCCUUGAGCCGCUACGCAGGCUAGGAAGCACUGGGAACGAGUCUCCUUUGCAAGUGGGAGCCCAAAACUACAAGCGGAUGCGCAGGAGUCUCCUGCUAGUUCAAACCUGUUUGUCUUCCUAUUAUACCAGUAGUACAAUAUCAAAUAUCGUUCGCCUUGAUUAAAAUUACAAUACAUCAUUCUAGAUUCAUCUGACACAAGCUUGAAAACAAAGAAGAAAACAAUGAAAGUUUCAUAACAGUAUAAUUUAUUAUCGGUUUCUAUAAUCUCCCUAUAUUUGGAAUCAUUCGGAUUCGUUUAUCCUGCAACAAAAACCUUCAAAGCCUUUGGCAUAGUUUAGAAGCUUUUAGACGUACUUAUCGUGUGCCGUUCUGAUAUAUGUCCAAUGUGUAAGGUGCAUGAAAGAGACAUCCUCUAAAUAUAAUACAAUGGAUCUAGUUAUAAAAACCUUCAAUUUCCAAAGGUAUGCUCUAAUGCGUGUACACUACUCCUUGUCUUACAUAAGACUAUAUAGGGAUAAGACUAAACAUGCUAAAAGAAAGCUCCCUUUCAGUUUUUCCGCAUUCUUAGCAUUAGCUGCUACAGCUUUAUUGUAAUCAUGGUAAUUCUGCCCGUCAAAAUAACCCCAGGGGACACUUAACCCCUAGAGACAUCGAUAAUGAUGAGGCAUUAACCAAUAAAAUGAGAAUAUCUGUACCACGUGCUCUUGGGGUGUGCCUAAAACGAUCCGACCGGUAGUGGUAGCAUAUCAGAACAACGCUAGCCAGGAAGAAAGCAGGGUUUAUCUCGACCUACAAGGGAAGAAUUCCACCUCAAGAUGGGUCAAUUCAGCAACGGUCUCUUCGGCUGCUUUAGCGAUAUUCCUCUUUGCUUGACCACGUACUGUGUGCCAUGCUAUACGUUCGGAAAGACGGCUGAGGCAGUGGGCGAAGACUGCUUGAUGUGUGGUAUCGUCCUGAUGGUCCCGUGUGCGAAUAUUUGGUUCGCGACCCAAAUCCGCGGCAAAGUCAGAGAGCAGAAAGGAAUCGAGGGAAGCUUCGUGAAUGAUCUGCUGAUGACGUGGUGCUGCGGUUUCUGCUCCAUCAUACAAGAAGCGCUGGAAAUGGGAGUCAAAGCGCCCAUUGGGAACUCCAUCGCUCGCUCGUAGACUAAAUACUACCACGAUACGCGUAAAGACAAGUCUCUGAACUACGAACUUAAAGAAAAGAUACAUUCAUAUUGAAUCCUGCUCUCGAACUGUUUAUGAGACAAAUUCUUCGUAUUUGUUGUGCGAAUUUGUAAGAGAGUUUAUGUUAUUGUAGUUUCAUUAAAAACCACGUGAUUA